AUGGCGAUCGUGGCAUCUCCCAGCGGCUCUAGGCUUCAACCGGAGAAGGUCAAGGCCUUAUUGACCAAAGCCGGUCUCAGCCAGUCCGAGGCCCUGAUUGAUGACUGGUGCGUCCUCUUAGGGUCUUUUGAAGACAGCAUUCAGGAUGUUCUCAAACAAGAGGAUGACCUACCUCGUCCCAACUUGGCCAAAUACCCUCGAAGUGAAAUCCAAAUUCCGAAAGAUGCUACCGAGAGCGACAAGGGUGGAUGGGCUACUAUAUGUAUUGCCAAGAGCAUUGAACCUGUAAACUCUCUGCUGGAUAAGAAGAAAGUUGCUCUGAAGGAUAACAUCGCCCUUGCUGGCAUACGCUGUUUGAAUGGCAUGAACCCACUGGGACGAGAGUGGGUGCCCGGGUGUGACGCCACUGUCGCUACCAGAAUCAUGGACGCUGGUGCAACUAUCGUCGGCAAAGCGACUUGCGAGAAUGCGUGUAUGGAACCAUCAUCGGACACUUCGUGGACAGGCAUUGUCCACAACCCCUACGCAGAUUAUUACGCGUGCGGUGGCUCGAGCAGUGGCUCCGGGCGAGUGGUCGCCACGGGGUCGGCGGACAUGGCACUUGGCUGCGACCAGGGCGGUUCGGUUCGUAUCCCGGCAGCAUUCUGUGGGCUUGUUGGCCUAAAGCCGACUUGGGGACUAGUCCCUUAUACCGGUAUCUUGGGCCUACAUGCUGAAAUUGACCAUUGCGGGCCAAUGUCACGAACUGUCCGAGAUAACGCUCUUCUGCUCGAGGCAAUCGCCGGUCCCGAUGGCCUGGAUGACAGGCAGCCAAGAUCAAUGCCAACAGAAGCGCUUCAGUACUCCAACCAAUUGGACCGUUUUAUGCGUAUCUCAGAAGCACAUUUGAAGCCGCUCAGUGGUUUCAAGAUCGGAGUACUCAAGGAAGGAUUCGACCUUCCUAUGCUAGACUCGAACGUGGAAAAAGCGGUCCGUUCCGCAGUGGCGGAUCUCGCUGCACUUGGAGCAGAGGUGAUAGAUGUAUCCAUCCCUGAACAUCACCAGAUCUGUGUGUCGUGGACCUGUACACAGGCAUUGGCCGGCGGUCGAGAUGGUCUACUUGGUCAACGGACAGGCCGCAAGGAACUCUACAUGACAGAUAUCACCGGCGGUCCAGGUUGCGUGUCACAGGAAAGGUUUGACGCAUGGGGGCCAGGUGCUCAGAAUCUCUACAUGAAAUACCUAUAUGUGGUAGAAAAUCAUGGCGCAACUGUAAAUGCCAAAGCGUCCAACUUGAUUCGCAAGCAGACUAGAGCUUACGAUGCGAUACUUUCCUCUCUGGAUGCUCUCGUCAUGCCAACCAUACCCUUUCCUGCCACACCAAGUUUUCGGGAAGGAGAACAACAUGGACCGUUGGAAAGACUGGUGCGUAUGGCCGGCACAAUACUCAACACAGCACCCUUCAAUGCCACUGGCCACCCAGCGCUAUCCGUGCCUGUGGGCUUUGUACCUGCGCUUGACAACCAAUCGAUCAAACUACCAGCGGCCUUGCAAAUCGUUGGAAAAGCGUUCGAUGAGAUGUCAUGUUUCAAGAUCGCAGCAUGUUGGGAGCGGAUCAAGGACUGGAAGUCAAUCAUUGUUGAAAGCUAG